UGUUAAACCUCACCUGAUAAUCCCGUAUAAGUAAAAUGCUUCGCAUCAAAGAAGUGAAAAAGUACAGUCAGCUUCUAGGAUUCCCCGCCGGGAAGGAAGUCCGCAUCAAAGCACUGCAGACGGAGGACUUUUCGAGUGGUCCCAUCUACUUCAAGUACGGUCGGGAACUGUCCAAGCAUGAUCCAUCGCCGGCCGGAAUGACUUGGAACGUGACCGUUUUCGAUACGGCUCUGAACCACCCCCGGCGUCCAUGGACGGUUACCCAGACCGUUGCGGGUAAGGCGAUGGUGUUGAUCGUUCAAGGAGAGGGAUUGGCUGUGUCGGAAGCAGAUCCGGUGAAGAUUGUGAGCUUCAAUGGUGGUGAAGAUUUGGAUGAAGAAAGCUAUCAGAAUGCCAAUUCGUCGAUUUUGCUGAUCAAAAGUGGAGGAAAGGAAUUUGCGGUAGCAUUGGAUGACUUCAAGGAGCUGCAUUCGUAUGAGAUCAACGCAGGUGGUGGGAAAUUAUCACUGAAGUCGGGGAGUGAAAUAAGAUCGGUGGCAGGGAGAAUUCUUCCUAUAGAGCAGCAGGAUGGAUCAGUGAUGUAUGUUGCAGUGAAUAACGGUGAAAAUUCGGUGAUGUAUAAGUUGAAUGAGAAAGGUCUGGAUAAAUCGCAGAAAAUUGAGUUGACGGUGGCUUCGAACGCUGGGAAGAUCUUGCUCACUAAAAAAGGCGAGAUUUUGCACAUUUCUCCUCAAGGAUUGAACGUGUAUGUGGGAGAAAAGAGUUCAACAAAGUUCAAAUACUUCUGUCCGUAUUUCUCAACGCUUGGUGGAUGGAGCCAGCAAUUUGUUGAAUCGGUCUCUUUGAUGAAAAUUGGUGACGAUCAGGAAGCAUUAAUUGGAACCGGUCCCAAGGGCAUCGAAUACUUUCCGAUUUCUGAUAAGUGCAAGAACUAUGUGAUUGAAGGAUCAGAAGAGGUCAAACACGCUUUGGUGGCAGGAGGUGCUACGAAAAACGGCAACCAAAUUAAGGUUCUAGGGUACUACAACGGUGAAUUGUCUGUGAUCACAUUGGAAGUUGAAGAAUUUGCUGAACCCAAAUUGAAUCAAGACUCAAUCCCCAAAGAACCACAGGAACGCAUGAAGGCAACGAAAAGCUCAAAGAUCACUGUGCGUAGUGGCAAUUCCAGCAAAUCUACCCGUUGGCUUCGGGAUAGUCUGGACGAGUCCAGCUUCAAGAACAUCGUCGAUAAACUGUCCGGAAAGGUGCAGUUUUCUUUCCCAUUGAUCGACCUGCAAGAUCGCAUGGGACUUCCGAUCAAGCUGAUGGUGUACUACGGUGAAUCGGAGAGUGAAGAUAUGAGCGUUUUGGGUAGACACUGGACCUUGGGCAAGGAUUGUAUCGUGCUGGAUCAUGGGAAUACGGUGUUUGCAGAUAAGCAUGAGUACUUUCUGGUGAAGGAUCAGACGAAGGUAAAGCUGGAGAGGGAUUGGAUGAAGCCCUCAGCUGGAGGGAAGAUAGCAUUCUACAUAGCUGGUCACAAAAAUGUGAUGUUUGAGUACUCGGUGCAGGAUGAGAGGUGGGAGGCCAACGAUGGUAAGAUCCGGUACGUGUAUGGCAACAAAAAUCAAGGCGUGGUAAGUGUUCCAGGUUGGAAUGAUUGGUACGGACCGUCUGCAAAGUUUGAUCAGACCAAAAGUCAUGCCAUCCAAUGGAAUUUGGUAGAAAUAAGCAGCGUUGCCUUCAAAGACGUUAAAAUUAAGUAUUCUUACACUGCACUCGACACAAACACAAAUACGAUGCACCUGGCUAGCAUAAGUGAUGGGGAUAAAACUAAUAUUAAAUUCAGCUAUAAAUCAAUCAAGGUGGUAGAUAAGCAACCAGAUUCGAGUUUGGUGAAGGAACAUUCAUUUAUCAACAAUAAGUUAUUGGAAAAGGUAGAAAUAGAAACUGUAAGCAUUUCUCAAUCACUGAAAAUAACGAGCACCACAAUUGGUUAUUUGCAUUACUUAGAAAGCAUAAGUCAAGAAGGCGAUUCAGAUCCUGUUUUAAGAUUCGAAUAUAACAGAGAAGAUCAGUUGAAGCCAAGAGUGGCACAAAUUCAGUUGCCAUCGAAGGCAGUUCUAGACUUUCAAUAUACAAAACAGGCCAUCCAAACCGAUCAAUUCAUACAGGAGAUAGACAAAAUGGCCGAUUUGUACACAGGAAACGAAUAUUCACUGCAAAUUACGAAGCAGGCAGGUGAAACAAACCUCAUCGUGAAUUUGAAGGAUACAUCAGGCAAAAAUGAUUUCGUCAAAGAUGAAACCUUGCGUAUAGAAAGCUACCGAGGGUUCAAGAUCAAAUCCUUCAGUCCAAUCAUGAUGCGAAACUAUUUCGCGGUGGUGGUAAGCUACAAAGAAGCAAAUUUUGUAAAGAAUAGUAAAAAAGAAUUAGUAAAAAAAGAAGAUAUCCAUUCAAAAAUACACAUUUUCGUCAAACACGAUGGAGACAGGUGGAGAAUUGACAAUGCCAACCAAAAUUCAAGGGUGACUAAUGAUAAAAACUGCAAGUAUGAUUUUCAGGAGGACUCGUUCGUUUACUAUCACUCGAACAAAGUUCACUUCGAGUACCAUAAAGCGGGAAGUCACGAAUGGAGUUACGCUUCACAGGAUAUUGGCGAAACUUCUGCUCUUUCCAUGAUCAAUAGAGGAGCCAUCUAUUGGAAAGAUGACCUCAUGAUGAUACGAUGGGAUGCUUCAGGAUCUCCGAAGCAGACAACUCUCAGUGAUGCAAAUAGCAAAGCCAGCGUAUUGGACAUUGACUCAUUCUACCAGUACAUAGAUGUUCAAGGGACCUACAAGGAAGACGUUGAAGGCUCUAAGAAAGAAGUAGAUGAUUACAAACGAGAUCUCAAGGAGCUACUGUGCAGCAAUGGCCUGGUUCUCUAUAACAAUUUGGUUGCACUGAGAACGGUCAAGUUGAGCCAUCUAGGAAAAACUUCCAUCAAGCUGCUUCUCUAUCUGUUGAAAGGAGACUACACCGUCUCAAGCAGAUCUUCGAUUGACAUGGAGGGUGAAGACAUCACUAAAUUCAACCUUACAUUAGACGUGUUUGAUGAAUACAAAACAAAGGAUACCAGCCAACUGGACAAGUAUCAAUUUCAGUUCAAGAAAGAGAGCGACAAGUACAAGCUGAAGUUCACUGGAGCUACAGAUAAGAAUAACAAACCAACUAAACCUUCAACGGAAAACCAGCAGCUCAUCGAGCAAUACGAACGGCGCAUGAAAAUCCCCUUGGACUUCGAGAAGUACAUGAUGCAGGUCAACCACGACGGGAUCAUCCUUAACAAUCAUCAGAUCAUACACAAUAACGGAAAAUUCGAAACCAAACCUUUGGACCGCGACACUUUGAAAUUGACGAAAUUCCGGAUUCCACUUGGUACGUCCUCCAACAUCAACAAGGUCUCUGAAGCCGGGGAUAUAAAGUUUUGUACCAAAACUGAGCAGCAAAAAUCGGAAAACUGCGUAAGUUUGGACAUCAAUACCGCACAGAACUUGUCGAUCAAGUAUCCGUACUACCUUGUGACGCAGAAGCGCAACGACAUCAAAGUUCUGCCGCUCAAGAUUAACAGUCGUGGUUGGGAAGAUCCGGUAGACUACAAGGGAGAAAUACUUCAUGGAUCAACCAGCCAUUCAGUUUUGGUGACUACUCGCAUCAGCGACAAAAAGACCAUCGUGAGACCGUUGAAAAGCUUGAACAAGAAAAACAGCGCUUCCACACAGGUCAUUUCGGCCGAGAAACUAUCGACACCGUACGACGAUUACCAGAUCAAAUACGAGUACUCCAACCCUGUGGUGUCCAUGAAUGAGAUUGCCUUCAAGACGACAGUGGUCAUUCCAGGUGGGGACAAGAAAGUCACUGGCUAUUACAAAGAAAAUAGCAACCUUCAGGCCAAUGAACAGGUAGUGCAAGUCAUGACGGCCGACGAUCAAGUGUUCGAUCCGGAAUACGUCAAACGCAUGAACGAAAUGAAGGAGGAAGAGAAUAAGCAACGAGAUCGUUCACAGCUUGACGAGGAGCAGACUGUCACCGACAAAAGCGGCAAGCAUCCAAUUUUGAAGGUUACUCCAUACAGCGUCAGCCAGAACCUAGUUCACUUCAUCGGAUUCGAAGACUACGAAGACACUAACGGAUGGACCGUCAAUCGAAAACCCUUAUCCGAUUCAGGCAGCAUUCGCCGAAAUGAGUUCUCUGCAACUGGUAGAAACUUCUUACUUCUGAAUAACGGAGAAGAAUUGUCCAGAGAGCUUCCCAACAUGCCAUACUACGAUAUCUUCAUUGCCAGUGCCUGGAUACGAACGACACAGGAGCUGGUCGUCGGUAGUCCUACGGACAUGAUUUCAAUCUACGUAGACAACCGACAAAUCAAAGGCGCCAUCAAGCAAAGUAUCGACGAAUGGAUCCAGGUUGAAGCUGCGACGACUUCCAUCGAAGUUACUGGAAGCAAUUCAGUGAAAAGGGUCACACUGAAAGUAGUCGUCAAACCGACCGGAGCUAAUACCAUUCACGUGGAUCACGUUAGAAUUUCCCCGAUGAACUUCAACCUGGAAGCGAACGUCUAUGAUUCGCACAUUGGUCAGCGAACUGCUCAGAUUCAAAACAAUGGGUACAUUUCGCGAAGGCUGUAUGAUGUGUAUAACCGGCGAGUUGCCGAGGUUGAUGAAAAUGGAAACAUCAAAUAUAUAGCGAGCUAUUCCAAGCGAAUUGGGAACAAGAAAUCCACAAGCAAGCAGGAGGGAGGCAACAGCUCUAGAGUGCAAAUUCAGGCCAAGAGGAGCUGGUUGGAGUCAUUUUCUCCGUAUACUGUGGAAAAGCGAUGGCAAUUUACGGGGGGUUCGACCGUAGAACCGUACAGCAUUGCUUUGCAAGGCAAAAUGACCUUCGGCUAUCCAAUUUCUGCAGAAUCAAUUUGCGUUCGAUUGGUGUACAGUUUGGCCAACAAUGCGCAGUUAUCGAUCAUGAUUGGGAAAGUUCAAGUUACAAUCAAAGCUAAUGCCGUUCAGUAUAAAGGAGCUUCCUAUUCCAGUCCAAGCAGCGCUGAGAUCAUUGUCUUUGUUACACCAACGUUUACCAGUAUUUGGGUGAACGGGCAUCUUGGCAUGGAAACCUCCGAGAGCAGCGCAAAGUUCAGCAAUGAAACAAUCUCCUUACAAGCUACGGGAUCUGUUGAAGUCAAAGACUUAAUCAUCAUGGAGGACGCAGAGAUUCAGGUGUCCUACAUGAACCGCGAUUCCAAGCCAAUACAAGAGAUCCUAUUGCUUGACUCGAGCAACAUUCUAAUCCGCCAGAUGAUGUACGAUACAGUUGGACGAAAAAUCGCUGAAACCGUUUGGACACAGAAAUCUCUCGAAGGUGAAGGUACAAAUGGCUUCAAAGCACUUCAGUACCACGAAGGCUUUGUUACGAAUGACAACUCUGUCAGUCCGGAUUAUUUCCUCAAAUCUGGACCAAUGAAAGGUUUCGUAUCUACGGCCAACAAAAUGUACGAUGGGUACCCGUACUCGCAAACUCAAUACUUCUCGAAUCCUUUGGAAGUCCGAAACAAAGUUGGUCAACCCGGACUGCAAUAUUCGAUUCACGGAAACAUGUCACUCGAAUAUUCUAUCGCUUCCGACUUGCCAUUCAUUCAGCGAUUCUAUCCAAAGGAUGAAGGUUACCAUCAGGAGCAGCAGAACAAACCGAUUGGAAGGAAGAUCGUUAUUGUUUACAAUCGUAGAAACAGGAAGGUCGCCGAGUACACCCAGGUCAAAGACUACAACAACAUUCUGACUACGUACGUCUACGACGAUCACGGCAAUCAGAUUCAGAUGCUUCCACCAAGCUACUAUAAUGAACAACUAAAAGGCACCCAUCAAGGAUUUCAACCGGAAAAGACAGUAGUCCAGUCGCCAUGGGCAGUGAGCUCAACGUACGACGAAACCGGAGAGCUGAUCACAUCCAAGGUAACACCGGAUGGAGGCCGAGUUGAUUUCAUCUACAACGAAUACAAACAACUUCGCUAUCAGCUGCACUACGGAGAAAACAGUAAGGUAGACAAGAUCGUGUACUUCCUGUACAACGUCUUCGGGAGAGUAUGCGAAGCUGGACAGGUGCUGGCUAGUUCAGACAUGGAAAAACAGGUGCGAGAAACCACAAAGAGUCAUGACGCAAUUCCAAACCACGAACAAGCAGUUUACUUCGACUAUGGCGAAACGGAACCGGACCCAUCACUGCGUGGACGAAUCCAGAGAACGGUAAAGAAGAACAAGGAUGUCACGUUUAGCGAAGUGCUGUACUUCGAUGAUGAUGGCAACGUGAUUCGCAAGAGAUACGUCAGUCCAGCCACGAAUGAUUCGUUAUCUCUGGAAUACCUUCAGGAGAAUGGCAAGGUUGAUGGGUUACGGUAUCCUUAUACGGUGGAUGGACAACAGUUGGUAUUAAAAUACAAGCAUAACCUGAGAGGAGAAAUCAUUGAAGUGUCCAGAGUGCAUGAAAUAUCGAAAGACCAGGUCGAAUUUCAAUCCAUAGCAGCAAUCGAGCAUGACGCUGAAGGAAAAGUGACUCGGAUCGCUCAUCAAUUUGGCACCAAGAACUUCAACCAAAGCUAUAAAUAUGGUGUCCCUGGUUACCUAAUGGCGAUUGAGAAUGAUUUCCUCACAGAGAAGUUGUACUACACGGAGAAAGGCUAUGGAUGUGAACCAACCGGAGAUGGCAGCAUUCUACGAACCGAGUUCAAAGCCAGUUGGCAUGAUAAGUGCGACCAGAACUUGAUUCCUCUGACGGCCAGAGCAUUUGCUUCGAAUACGAUCAACUUCAACGUUGCAGAGGCUUGUUUUGACGCCUUGUUCGAUUUGGGUUACAUCGAUACAAAGGGCCGGCCCGUGAAGACGUUUUAUCCGGAUUUGGAAACAAGAGUACCGUGGAAAUGCGCAACGGCACCUAAUUGGAAACACAUGUCGGAAAUGCUGCUGGAAAAGGGCUACCCAGAACACUACGGACAUGCGUAUGACUACGGAAGUCAUGGAGAACUAGUUUCUGCCAAGAGUUUCGUUGGGCAGGAGAAGGACAACCUGGAUCCUCCUUUGUCAAAAGCCGCACUAUCAAAGGCUGGAUUCCGAACAACACAGGAUUUGGAUAAUUUCUGGAGCGAGCUCAACAAAGGCAUCAGGAAGAUUGAAGGCACCAGAGCGCUCUUUGAAGGAUCUCACCAGCUGCCAAGUGGAUCCAUAGGAUCAGUGAUUCAUAGACAGAAACUGAAUGCCAUACUGGAAGGCAAGGAUAGUGAUCCAUCAAUUUGUUCUGCUUGGACGAAUGGUGAUAAGUUAGAGGAAGCGAAAUGCAAGAGAGAUUUUCAGCCGAUUUUCGAAAAAACGGAUCUCAAAGCGAUAUUCAAGAAACUUGAAAAUCCAUUGCAACAAAAUGUUUUGCAGAUUCUGAAGAGAAGUCUUGCAACCGUUCUGGGAAACUCCCCCGGAGACGUGGAGUCAUUCUCCAUCGAUCCAAAUGGCAACCAUGGUGUGUUCUAUACAGGAUUCAAACGCUUCGAGCUGAAGUACAAACCAAGAAAGAAUCAAAUCGAUACAAUCAAGGAAGGCAAGCAUGAUCGAGUGAUCGUACAUGACAGCGAAGGCAACGUGGUCAAAGCACUUCACAAGAACAUCGAAAAGAUCGAAUACGAUCCACUGACACAGCGAGUCUCCCGCAUUGAGUUGGCCAACAAAUCUUUGGUGCUGGAAUUUGGCUACGAUUUCCGGGGUGAACGAACUGUGAAGCGCGUUCGCAACAAGAACAAUGAAGUAAUCUCGGAGCUCUACUACGUCCGGGACAACAAAGGAAACGUUUUGGUGGAAUACAAACAGGAGUAUCCCAACCCGAAGGAGCCGAGCAAGCCCAUCAGUACGGUCACUGCUUACAUUCACGGUCCGCUGGGUCUUCUCGGGUUCUUCCGCAACAACAAGUACUACAACGUCCUUCUCGAUCACGAAGGCUCCACAAGGCUCGUCAUCCACAAUGGCAAAGUAGUUGCUGCCUAUGACUACCUUCCGUACGGGCAAAUGAUUCGCAAGUACGGAUCCAACCCGGAGGCUCACAUUUCCUUCCGUUACACCGGACAAGAGUUUGACGAAGAAACUGGCCUCUACAACUACCAUGCCCGAAUAUACGAUCCGGAUAUAGGUCGUUUCUUCCAGAUGGACCCCAUGGAACAGUACGCUAGUCCGUACAAAUACGCUGGUAACUCACCCGUCUCGCAGAUCGAUCCGGACGGUCAAAUCGCUAUCACUUUGAUCGCGAUGGUGAUUGGUGCGCUAAUUGGUGCUUAUCUGGGCGCAGCUUCAGCCAACAACAGUUGGAACCCGGCCAAGUGGGCUUGGAAUGAUAAGAAGACUUGGAUAGGUCUGUUCGCCGGUGCAAUCAUGGGAGCAUUCGCCGUGUACGGAGGGGUACACAGCUUUACCUUCUUCACGGGAAUGUUUGGUGGUUCCAUGAUUGCAGGUGCGUUAGCCACGGGAGCCAUUUCGGUGGCCGGUGCUUUCCUUGGAGCUGCUGCUGCUUCCAACGAAUGGAACCCGGCCAAAUGGGAUUGGACGUCACCGGCCGUGUGGAAUGGACUUCUCUCGGGAGCGUCCAUAGCGGUAAGCUUUCCCUCAGGUUUUGUUGGAAUUUCUCGAAGCUUUCUCUCGCUAGUUUCAGCAAGUACGAAGGCAUUCUACGCCUUGUUGAUGGUGAGUGGUUUUCUGCUGUUCGUGUACGUAGGUGGAGCCAUGUCGAACAACUUCAAAUUUCGUAUGUCCGAAUGGGACUGGAAGAGUCCACGCACGUGGUUCGGCAUGGUAGAAGGUGCAUCGACCAUCUUCAUGGGCGCUGGUGCAACUGCGAAGCACGGUGCUGCCAAGGUUCACACCAUUGUAAAACCUGCUAAAAUGAAGAUGCCUUGGUACAAGAUCAAUAUUCCGAAGAAGUCCUUUACGUGUAAGUUCGUUAAGGAUGAUAUCAUUGUAACCUGGUACAGAAAUGGUCAAAAAGUAAGCAAGGAGAUUCUUAAAUGCUACUCCAAGACCGAUAUGGCAAGGAUUCCCCAGAAGACAUUCGGGAUGACAAAGCAGUUCUAUAUGCCGUAUUAUCGAAUCGGUUAUUCGUUUCUAGCCAUUCCAACUUUGGGGUAUUUGAUGUCUGAUCGAUACAAAGCAUUUUUCGGUAAUCAUCCCAAUGGGACUCUGACGAAACCGGUCCGGCGGAAGCGGUUCGCUUCGAUGGCAAGCUCUGCGGCCGGACCCGGUGUUUCGAGUUUUUUUAACGAUCUCUUCAGCGAUGUAUCGGAUUUGUUCAAUUAUUACUUCAUCCACACGGAGAAUCAACAGGUCUUUGAUUCGGAUCGAUCAAUCGGCAUCGCAAAGAAGUAUGAUAAUCUGCCUAGCAGGUCGUUUCAAAAGCUGUGCUAUUCUCCGAAUGUCGAAGGCAAUCAAAUAAUUUGUCCCCAACGUGAAUCCACGGUGAAUGUCUUCUCCAAACUCCCGGCAUUCGAACCUGAGUUAUUCGGACAAGAUUCGUUCAGCAAAUGUCUGCCACUGACGUGGCAUGAUCGACCUUCGAUCGUAUGCGAUGGGCAACAGACGACCUUUGUCUACACGCCUGUUCAGAGCCUUAGGGUGUUUGAUUUGGUGGAUGGGUGGUUGAUGCUCGCUAGAAUCACUCCGGCUGCAGUUCGGAACGUGACGGCAGGGUUCAGCUUCCUGAAGAAUGUGUUUAUCGGGGAGUGUAGAGAACGAGCUUCUCCGAUGAGACAUCGGAUGGAUCGUUGCAAAAAGCAAUUGGAAUGCAAAUUGCUUGCUCUGAAGGAUGCGAUGGUGGGCAAGAAACCAUCCGAAGUGAAAUGGGCUGAGCCUAUUGUGAGCGAUUUGGAAGACGACAUUGGGGAGUUUGUACGAAGCAAGAACUCAACUGAUGAGGACUUUGAAUUGCUACAAGAGAGGUUGAGUUCCCUGAGGGAAGAUGUUAUGGAAGAAUCUGGUUUUGAUCAUGGUUUGAACAUGACCGCAUUGUUAGGAGAAAUGCUAAAGAGUAUGUAUGGUCAGGAUGUAGUUUUCAAUUCAGCUACCAAGUUGAUCUCAUCAAUCAAUGGUUUGGCAUCACGACCAGCAAUUCAACUAUUGAAAUAAGGUGUAAGUUGUACGUUAAGCAUAAUUGAUAGACUUGAUUAGGAAAUAGUACAAUAUUAAAACAGGAAAGAUUACAGACUAGUGUAUUGACCGAGAAUCUGAUUGAACCGUGCCGUGCUUUUAAAUGUUAACUUGAUAAUCCCAAUAUCUAAUCUGUGUGAAAAAAAAUAAUAGUUUUACUAUCGAGUGUCGUAUGAGCCAAGGAGUGAAUGGCAUUGC